CAGUGCCGUGUGCGGGAGACGGAGCGGCGUGCGCCUGGCGAGACAAAGGCGGCGGACCGACCGGGGUCAGGCAGGCAAGAGCAGCAACAGAAAGCCGAGAAUCACUGUUUUUUUUUUUUUUAACUAAAAGAUAACCGCUAACCUUGGACUUCAGUUGAGCUCUCCCUGACGCUGGGAGAAAUGAAGAGGCAGUGACACUCCUGUGGAAAUCUCCUGGAGGAGGAAAAACAACAGUGCCCUCUUUUCGGUUUUAAACGUUUUUUUCUUCUUCUCCUCAAACGCCCCCCUUUCGGUUUGCUAGUUAGCCGAACCGCUAGCUCCUAGCGCUGCACAGCACAGGUCUCCUCCUUCAGUCUGCUCCACGUCUUUCCCUAAAGAACUGGGCUACGAGUGAAGAGAGGACUUCAUCGACAAAACGUAGAUAAGUAGAGGGUGAGCGGACUCCCAACAAAACAGGCAUCCGUGAUCUGAUGUGAGAUCCACGGAGAGACUAUGCCUAGCCCUUUAUUUCACCCCGAGAUUAUGGACCACGACGUGGUGAUCAGCAGCCAACACAACGGGGUCGGUCUGUCCAGGGAGACGGAUCAGGAGUCCCGGGAGGAGGACCACCAAGAGGCGCUCCGCUUCGCCCUGGACCAGCUGUCACUGAUGGCCAUGGAGAAGGUGGACUGUGGGGGCGGCGGAAGCAGCGGGCUUGUGGACAGCCUGGAUGGGACCCAGGGUCCGGGACCCGAGAAUUGCAACGGUGUGAGUGGAGGGGGGUUCGUGGAUCUACAAAUGCUGGACCAUCCCAGCGGGUCUCGGGACUCUCCGACGUCCUGCUCUCCAUCCCCGGAGUACUAUGGCUCAGGGGGGUACCACAUGGCCGGCUCCCAUGCCAUGCUCCACGGGGAACCAAACUCCGUCCUCUGCAGCAGGAAAAGAAGUGUCAACAUGACCGAGUGUGUUCCCGUCCCCAGCUCCGAGCAUGUGGCUGAGAUAGUGGGCAGACAAGGUUGUAAGAUCAAGGCCCUGCGUGCCAAAACAAACACCUACAUAAAGACUCCGGUGCGAGGCGAGGACCCUGUGUUCAUCGUGACGGGACGCAGGGAGGAUGUGGAGAUGGCCAAGCGUGAAAUUGUGUCUGCAGCAGAGCACUUCUCUAUGAUCAGGGCGUCCCGCUGCAAAGCUGGAGGGGGUGGAGGAGGCGGCUCCCUUCCCGGACCACCAAACCUACCUGGACAGACCACUAUACAGGUUAGAGUGCCGUACAGAGUAGUCGGUUUAGUUGUUGGACCAAAAGGGGCAACAAUCAAGCGCAUCCAGCAGCAGACUCACACCUACAUCGUGACACCGAGUCGAGAAAAAGACCCCGUGUUCGAGGUGACUGGGAUGCCAGAGAACGUGGACAGAGCGAGAGAGGAGAUCGAGACUCACAUCACCCUGAGAACUGGAACCUUUGUAGACCUCCAGGGAGACAAUGACUUCCACACUAAUGGCACUGAUGUCAGUCUUGAAGGCCUUGGUUCCCUGAGUGGGGGACUGGGAGCGACUUUGUGGUCCAGGGCAGCUAGCCACCAUUCUGCCCCCCCUCCUCCUCCAACAUCCCCACCUUCUGCUCUUUCCAUGUCCAUACACCACUCGUCCGGCAGGAAGAUGUCUUCAUCGGUUCCCUAUCACACGCACAAUGGCGGGAUGAGCGCAGACAGCUUCAGCACCGCCCGGAAGGCCACUGAGGGAGGCAGUCCCACUAGCCCUUUUAGCACAGGCUCCAGCAGCGCUGGGGGAUUCACUUUUGGGGGCGAUUCCACCCCAGGACUGCCUUCGUCAGACGAGCUGGGCUUCGAGUUCAGUGCUUCCAACAUCUGGGCGCCUUUCGUCAACAGCGGAUCGGGCAAUAAGACGGGCAGCUCCUCUCAGCAGCAGCCUCUGCGUCGCAAUAGCAGCGGCGUCAGCGCCGGCGCCAUCACUCCACGAUUGUCCCCGACUCUGCCUCAGGACACAGGCGUGGUCCCCCCUCUGGAUCACCCACUUGCCCGUCGUGCUCAAAGCGACCCCCUCAGCACUCUCUCCUGGCUGCAGUCUGGCAACGCAGGCGGCGGCUCCUUCUCCGGAGCAUCGAGCUCCAGCUCCGGCGGCUCAUCGACCGGUUACUCCUCCUGCUCGGCCUCCUCCCUCCCCGGUGGGUCGCCUACCGACUCAGAGGGAGGCGGCAGCGGCGUGGGUCUCACCUCUGGGAUUUUGAGCCGACUGAAAGGCAGCUCUGGCUCUGGGGUUGGGGCUCUGGUUGGAGUCAGCCCCGGGGUCAACAGGGACUGCUUCGUGUGUUUCGAGAGCGAGGUGACGGCAGCCCUGGUGCCCUGCGGCCACAACUUGUUCUGCAUGGAGUGCGCUGGGCAGAUCUGCCAAUCAACAGAGCCAGAAUGCCCCGUCUGUCACACUCCUACCACACAGUGCAUCCGCAUCUUCUCGUAAUGUCCCGGGCAAAGGGAGGGGUGGUGGGGUAAAAUGUGGGAUGGGAGGGGAACGGCCCCAAGUGGGGCACCAGCUGCGGCAGAGACAAUGGAAGGAGUCACAAUAAUAACCUUCACACACAUGAUGGACCAUAAUAAAUGCAUUAAUAGAGAUGACGAUACUA